AUGGUGAAGAAGAAGAAACCCAUCGCUGCCGCCAGUUCUGUGAGCAGCGGUGCUGCCGCCAAGGCUUCUUCAAAUCCUCCGAAGAGAAGCGCUCCGGACACUCCUCCUCCAGCUCCGGCGCCGCCAGCACCGUCAAGCUCCAUGGCUGGGACCAACCCCAGAGAUUGGCUGGCGUCCUCCAUCACGAAGCGUGAUGAAAAGAGGGCUCGAAGCCUUGGUCUAAUCUCUUCCGACGAGGGGAAUGUAAUUCUCCCAGCUGUGGAGGAGGCCAGAGCUUCGCCUGUGAAGAGACCAUCUAGCGGCUUUGCCGACGAAGAUGAUCUCUUCGACCUUGACGAAGGUUUCAUCGAGCCUCCGUCUAAGAAGGCCAAAUCUGGCGCCGCUCUGCCGAAUCUCGCAGCUUCCGAGGCUUCGGACCCUACUGCAGUCCCCGCGGCCCAGGUAUCGACUGCUUCCUCCCUUUCCAAGGGGAAAGAUAUUCCUUCGACUGCUGCCGCCGCAACUCCUCCUUCAGGGAAACCUACCUUCGCCUCCCAAUUCACUUCCCUGGAAGCGGACAAGGCUCGACUGCAAAAGGAGGUCAGGUCUUCUUCCUCGAAGUUGGAAGGUGCAAUAAAAAUAGCCGCCGAAGCCCGCCAAGAAGUCAACUCCCUGAAGCAGGAACUCGAGGGGCUGAAGAAGAAGCUGAAGGACGAAGAAGCAUCCAGACUAGCCGCUGAAGCUUGGGCGGCUGGAAAGGAUGAUCUUCUUCGCCAAUCUUCCUUGGCUUUGCUCAAGGCCGCCGAUAUCCCUGCUGAAGCUUUGGAUAAGCUUCCAAACAAUUCUCGGGUCUUCCCUGUGCCUUCGUUUGUUGAUGAUUCUUCGGGUGCUGUUUCUGAGAGUGAUCGACUCCAGCGGAUGAAGAAUCGGAUCACACAGAUGGAAAAGGACAUGCGCAGCACUUAUGUCUUGGUUGCUAUCAUAAAAAAGAAGAGCGAUCUUGCAGCUGACGUGGAACGCUACGCUCUCACUGAAUUGCAUAAGGCCACGGAGAGUUUGAACUUCAUAGCUCUGAAUCCUGCUGAAGAGAACAAGCGUAUCCACGAACGUGUGGAUGCGUUGACUCAGCUAUCAUCGUCGGACGAGGUUUUCUGGAGAGAGCACUCGAAGGCUUCGGCUGUCGCAAAGUUCCAAGAUCGAGUCCAGAAGGUCCAUCGCUUCUUCGAUAAAUGCUACAAAGGGCUGAGAGUAAUAUGGAAGACGAUGUUUCCUUUAAACGCGGUUCCUCCCACGCUGUUGACUUUGAUGUCAGAGUUUGGUAACACCAAGAAAAUUCGAGACUUGGUUCGAGCUCAGGUUUUUGCAGGAGCUAGACUCACACUUGCCCUUGUGCUCGCGCGUUAUCCUUCGGCAAACCUGCUAGCAAUUGCCAACGCGGCGGGUGAUUUGGAGCCGCUGUACCCGAAGGUGGGACUGCCUUCCAAUAUAAUUGUUGACAGGCUUGAAGAGGCUUCGAAGGCAUCUGAAGAAAAAGAAACUCCACAAAGAUGA